AUGGGCCAGCAAAAUUGCGGCUGUGGACCUUGUGACAAGGUGGAGGAGGACGGCUCAGACGGGAAGGUGGAUCAGAUUGGCAGAUCCGGGUAUGCUUUGGACAAGGCGGCAGAGGAAACCAUCUUUGAGCCAAUUGGCACGAGAGGCAGGGGUCAAGUGGACCCAAGCCUGGUGGAUGCUGUCGCCACAUCCUCCAAGGAAGCGAGGUCGGUGCUCCGAAAAGCGUGGGGAAAGCUCAAGGGCGAAUUCGGCGUGCAAGUGAACAUUUGGGGAAGCCUAGCCAUGGGAUCUCGAGGCCAAGGCGAUACCAAGAAGAAGGAGAGAGAGAUUGCCAAAAGCAGCCUUGAAGCUUCCCUGCAGCAGUGCGAGACAAAGCCGUUGGAGGCUGCUGCCACACUGGAGGAGCUGCUGAGUGGCCCAGCCGCUUCGGUGCUGAACAAUGCGUCGCUCGCGGCGGCCAAGCAGAUCCAGCUAAUUGCCGCACAAACAACCAGGAGGGAGGAGCUAGCAAAGCUUUUGAAUCAGAAGGACUUAGCUGUGAAGACGCCGACGCCUCUUCAGCUGGAGCAGCUUGUGGAAGAUUGCGGUUUUGAGGAUGUCUCGACCUCAACUGCUCACAGCUUGCAAGCCGUUUUGGAAAAUCCUGCAGAUGGGCCUAUUGAGUUCCAUGCAGUCUCAAUGGAGGCUGACGGUGAGGGCAUUGUGGACCACCACAUGUCCCUGACAAGGGCGCAGCUCACACUCAUCCUGGAUGUGUUGGCCGAGAACAUAUGCUAUACUGGGCGAUCUGGCUUCGCGGGAGGUGCAGCUCCGAUCCAGCGACCUCGGUCACAAGGUGGUGAAAAGAAGGGCAGAGGCUUUCGAUUCUCUUGGAGGUGGCCGGGGGAGCUCAAGUGGGAUAUUGCCUUUACAGAGGCAGCGCAAUUGGCAUGCUUGAAGCUUCGUGGGGGCAUGCUGGGCUUCAGCAGUUUACCCACAGGGUCAAGCUAUCAGUUGAAUUGCCUCUCACUGACGGCCACUGACACUCGUGGACGCUCGCGGAAUCUGGUGAAGACCUUGCUGGAAUCAGCGGCGCCCACGGGCGAUUUGGGCUUCAAUGUGGAGGUAAAUAUCCCGGUGGACACUGACACCUUGGCAGUCAUUCAACUGCAAAGGCCUACAAUGCAUGUUCUUCCACAAUUGGUGAUGGAUCUCGUGACUGUCGGAUUGUCAUCUUGGCAGCAUUGCACUUUCCGCAAUGACCGUGUCCAGGUGAUGUUGGCACCACCCGAGCCUCAAAGGGGUUAUCCAGCACCUCCCAGCAAGCCGCCAGUGGAUGAGCGCGGCACCCGCGUCCAGGUGAACUUUUUGGAUGGUUGCUUUCGCAUUGCCGAGAGGUGGGCUGAGCCGAGCGAGCACUUCGAGUUUGCCGGCAGCGUGAUGAUCCAUAUCAUCGUGCAUGCAGAGGGCAUUCGAAUUGAGCGCUUUGAUCUCGAGAGGGGUGCGCUGCGGCUGCAUUCCUCCAGGCGAAAUCCAACCACCUUGUGUCCAUGUCUGGAGUGGUUGGUCCGCGGCGACCAGAAGCGUGUGGACGACGGGCACCGCCGGAAGCGACACACCACCUACGAGCUGCGUUCGGUCAUCGUCCCGCCGUAUUCCAUUCGGAUGUCCGCCCGAGACCACCGUGCGAUGGCCAAUGCCUUGCUGGAGCUUUUGACCAUGGAUGCGGAGUCCGCGGAGCCGCCGUCGGAGAUCCGCAGUCGCGACCCCUUGGCGCUGCAACUGGUCGAGAAUCGGCUCACCUUGAUCGCGGAAGUGGCCCUUGAGGGAGCUGAGGUGCAAGUGAUGGGUGAGGAAGGCGGACAUGAAUGGCCCGGAAUUUGUGGCAACGCUCGGUGUCAAUUGCUGGAGGUGACGGUGGACAGUCGUCAAGGUUCCACACCAACGGUGAACAUCUUUGGCCGCGAACUGGAGUUAGACAUCAGUUCUAGAAACCACAGGCUGGGCACCUGGGAGCCAGUGCUUCCACGCUGCGGUCUUCGCUUUUCCUACCACAUGCAGCGGAAACCUGAUGGUGGUCCUCGUGAUGUAUUCAUCCGAGGAGAUGUCUCUUCUAUCAAGCCGGUGCAGCUUGUGAUCAGCGCCCCCUUUGUGCAUUUGGCCAGCCGAGUCUUUAAUGACAGCUCUGAGAACAUGCACUAUGGAUACCUGUUCGCAGGUGUGAACAUCUCGGGCAUCGCAUGCCAUGUGAGCGUGGAAGAGGGUGCCGAGGGGUUGGUUCUUCCACCAUCAUCGCAGGCCGUGCCAUUGGAUAGCUUGCUGACCGGAAGAGGGCGAGCCUCGACCGGCUCCACGCCGUGCCUAUUUCUUCGCCUGCUUGAUUCUCCAGACGCUGAGCCCUGCAGGAUUGAGUACGGGCGGGAGGCCGAUGUGACGUGGGAUACCAAGAAGGAAGGAUUCUUGAUGUGCCGUCUUGUCAUGCCAAGACCGCCUCAGUUGGUGCUGCUGAUCACGUCGACGGUUUGCGUCUUGAAUCGAACCCCAGCUGAUUUGGAGAUUCGCUUCUUGGCGCCCAGCGCCGCCUCGAGGGAGGCCUUGCAGCCCGUGACCGCAGGAUCCACACGUCUCAGCAUUGAUGCGCGAUUGCUCAGCGAGGGCGUCGCAGCCCCAACAGCCACCGAGAUGGCCGAGCCGCUGGCGGAGGCUGAAAAGCCUGCGAGCCCCGAGGGCACCUUGCUUUUAGGUGCAGGACAGUUGCUCUCCGCGCCGCCCAAAGCACAGCUACGGAUGGGGCAGGCUGUCCUACAGCUGCGCCCAGCGCUGACUGAUGGAGGUGUCACAUACACUUGGUCGGAGCAGUUCUUUGCAGUACCAGUGGCCAAUCCGAACUCCAGCGAUGUGACGGUCUGUGCCUCUCCGUUCGGUCCCCUACGGCUUUUUCCCCCACCCAGCGGGGUCAAGCACACCUUUCCCUUGAGGAUCUGCAGGCCCGCCGACAUGCAGGAGGUGUUGCCGAAGAACUGGCUCUAUUUGAGAACCAGUUGUGGAACCAAUCCUCAGCAGGGCUGGAGCCACGUGGAGGUGCAGGCUCCGUUCACGGUGGUCAAUGCACUCCCAUGCGAUAUACUUUGCCAGUUCAACCCACGAGUGAAUCGAAGAAAGAUGGGCAAGGAGAGGGAACGACUGCCGGUUGAGUGUGGAAGCAACGUUGAUUUGGCGGUGGACAAUGGCUUCGGGGGCGAGGUAGUGGUACCCACAAAUGGCCAAGCGGAAGUGAUGCCAAUCAGAUUGGAUGAGGAAGGUUGCUUCAGGUGGGUUUGCAAUGGCAAAGGAGGGCGCACCAGACCGCGUUGGCAAAAUCUCAACUCGCUCAUCGUCGUGGUGAAUGCAAAGCGGGGAGAAGUGGAAUGGCAUUGCGUGGAAGCCAGCAUGGGCACGCGCAGUGAUGCGCCGCAGCUGCGAAUUGCGCCACAGAGUUUGCUCCCAUGCUUCGAGUGUGUGGCGGAGGACCUCUCAGUGUCCUUCGCAGUUCGUGACACACAAGGGCACGCGAGUUCAUGGUCCCUACCUCUUCCAGCUGUGUCGGGUCGGGGGUCCAGCGAAACGGUGCAGCUUGACUUCAGAGGCAUGUACAUCAACUUGAACGCCAUGCGUAGUGGAAGGGAGCUCAUCGUCUACACACGCUGGUGGUUUGUCAAUUCCACAGGUUUGAGUGAUUUGCGGCUUCAGCAGCCGGGUGGACCAGGGCCUUUGCAUCCAGUGGCAUCAUUCAGCAGCAAGGUGUCCAUCCUGCCGGAGAUUCAGAACGAUGCGGGCGAUGGCGUCGCAUACCUCUCCUUGCGAUCACAUGCACCUUUGGAGGUCAUCGUUCCAGAUGUGCGCACCCUACGCCAUCAUACCUCCGCUGAUGACAUGGCAUUACAGUUUUGA